AUGGAAUCAACCUCUCGACUGCACUCCAAGUUCAAGCCGCCAGCUUUCAUACGUCGGCCAGAAUCAGCGCGCGCGCCACCAGCCAAGCGUGCCAAAACCGCCUCGCCAGAUCCCAAUGAAGACGCCGAGACGGAAGCGUUUGCGCAAUCGCACGGGUCAAGAGUCAUUCGCAAGGGCACGGCUAGUCCAGAAAAGGGGCGAGGCGACGGUGGUGCGAGUUUGAGCAGUGGUAGCAAAGCUCCGCGAGCGCAUCCCAAUGGCUCUCCGCAACCUGCUCCACGCUUUGCAGCUCAGCGUUACUACCUAUGUACUUGGAGAAAGCCACAAGCUCGAAAGCACAAGACGUGGGAUGGAGACGCGGUGCUCAUCCUGCGUUCAGAAGGUGGAACCUGUACUUUGCGUUGUGCCGAAAGCUUCAAGGAGUGAGUUCUGCCUGCCGAAUGUUCUCAGGGCCUGCCUUUCUCAUCUACCGCGCACCUUUCGCAGCCUCGCUACCAAUGUUCGCUUCACAGGAGGAGAGCUCAGCUCCGGCGAUGAGUUGAUGGUGGGCGGCAGAGAGGUAAGCAGCGCAAGCCAGCGAGGGAAUAGAAAGACCGCGCGCUGACGAUGGGUCUCUUCUCUUCGAGCAGAUAGAAGUGAGCCGUCUCGUUUUGCAGUGCGCUCUUCUUGCUCAUAAUCCCUGCCACGUCGCACCCCCCAGAUUGACCGGCAAAUCAGUCACAUCGAGUACUGCAAUGGGGAGAAUGGCGGAGCCUUCUCGGGAGGCGCAGCAACUCACCCCGCCCCUCGAACGCCAGCCGCGCCAGUGCAAAGCUUCUAUGGUGAGCUUUGACGUCUCAGGGGUCCAAGGCAUGGCACUCAUUCUUCGUCUCCACACGCCAGCGAAACCUCCCACAAAGCCUUUCAAGAAGCUCAAUGUUGGCACUAAAGACGUUUCUGCGGCCAAGACGGCCACCCCCAUCAAGGUUGAAAAGGAUCCAACCGCGAGCUCCAGUCGAAGCCCAAGCCCCACCAAAACCGGUAGCCGCCCCCCGGGCUUACAAGAUCCCGGACUUGGCAAAGAAGCCAGGCCGAGGUGAGUAGCUAGAGUGCCAACGAAGUUCCUAUCAAACAGUAUCUGGGACCUCUUAUGUUAUAAGCCCAGACUGACACCCUAAAACGCCUGCAGAUACGACCCUGCGGCCGAAGGAGCCAUCAUCAUGAAACGGCCCGACGAGGCUCACGCCAAGCGGUACAACAGGCAGUGGGUGCUAUUGCGACUCUCCCCCCGGCUCUGGUGAGCGCACAGCUCACGCGUCUCCCUCACCCGCAUGCAGCAACUAUCCCAUCGUCGACGUCGUCGUUGAUCCGAUUUUAGGCCGCGCUCUCCGUCCUCACCAGGUCGAAGGAGUCAGAUGGCUUUACGAGCGCGUCACGGGAAUUAAUGCCGACAAGUCAGAUCAGUACGGGCAGGGCGCGAUCCUGGCAGACGAGAUGGGCCUGGGAAAGACUGUGCAGACGAUCGCCCUCGUGCACACGCUCCUCAAACAGUCGUGCUACUACACUUCAUCGCCCAGCACCGUUCAGCGCGUGCUCAUCGUCUGCCCUCUCUCCCUCGUCAAGAAUUGGAAGCGAGAGUUUCGAAAAUGGCUUGGCGGCAACUCUCUCAACAUCCUCUGCGUGGACGGUAGCGAGCAAACCAAGCCCGAACGCUUCCUCAUGUCGAGGACAUUUCAAGUGCUGAUCAUUGGCUACGAAAAGCUACGCACAUGCGUCGACAUGCUAGCGUCUGCCCAGCCGCCCAUCGGCCUGAUCGUCUGCGAUGAGGGUCACCGACUCAAGUCAAAGGAUGCCAAGACGACGAAAAUGUUCGAGGCGCUGUCGACGCCGCGGCGCAUCAUACUCUCGGGAACGCCAGUUCAAAAUGAUCUCUCCGAAUUCCACGCAAUGGUAGACUUUGUCAAUCCCGGUCUGCUGGGCGACUACAACGUCUUCAAAAAGGUGUUCGAAGAACCCAUCAUGAAGAGCCGCAUGCAACAUGCCAACAAGCAAGUACGAGAGACGGGCAAGUUGCGCAACGAGGAUCUCAAAAAGGUGACGGCAGUAAUCAUUCUCCGCCGCACUGCAGAACUCUUGACUCAAUUCCUGCCACCAAAGUGCGAGCAGGUGCUCUUUUGUAGUCCGACGCAGAAUCAGCUCGACACUUAUCGCCACGUGUUGGGGUCCACACAAGUACGAGAUGUGCUGAACAGCGGCAAGACCAGUGGCGGCGGAGGGAGCAGCGCCUUGACUUUGAUUGGCGUCCUCAGAAAGCUUUGCAACUCUCCAGAGCUACUCCUCAAGGAUCUAGAGACUUUCAAACGCGAUGGAGAAGCGUCGUUGACGGCAGCGAUUCUAGAAGGUGCAAAGUGGCAAUCUGCAUCGAAGCGCUUGUCCGGCAAUGCCAAUCUCAGCGGCAAAUUGCUCUUGCUCAGCAGCAUGCUCCAAAGCAUUCGUAAAGAGACCGACGACAAAGUCGUCUUGGUAUCCAAUUUCACCGCAACAUUAGACAUUAUAGAAAUCAUGUGCAAACGCAGCGGUUACAGCUUUGUUCGACUAGACGGCAAGACGAAGCAAGAAGAUCGAAUGGACCUGGUCUCGGCUUUCAAUCGAGGCACGCAGUCGAACAACUUCAUCUUUCUUCUCAGCGCCAAAACGGGUGGUGUCGGUCUGAACCUCACAGGCGCCAAUCGUCUGAUUCUCUUCGACAGCGAUUGGAAUCCGUCGGUGGACAGGCAAGCCAUGGCGCGCAUCCAUCGCGAUGGCCAAAAGAAGCCUUGCUUCAUCUACCGGUUGUUGCUAGCAGGAACGAUGGAUGAAAAAAUAUAUCAACGACAAAUUUCCAAAAUCGGCCUCAGCGACUCGCUCAUCGAUGACAGCACCACGUCUGGCCAAUCAUCUGACACUUUCUCCGUAGAGGACUUGCGCGACAUUUUCACCCUCCAUCGAGACACGCCGUGCCUUUCGCACGACAAUCUUUCCUGUUCUUGCAAUGGCAACGGUAUAGCAAAAUCCGACAUCGACCACACGCAAGCGAACGUCGAGAGCGAUGACGAAGAUGCCCCAGUCUUGACUGGCUUCGUCCCUGCCUCGCAGCACGCCCGUAGCCCGCAAGCGCAGGUGAGUUGUGAACCGGACGGCAUGCACUGUUGUGGAAGCUCAUCGCUCGUGUCAUUUCCAAAGCUGCCCAACAAGCGCGCAAAACUAGCUGCCUUGCAUCAAUGGGGCCAUUUCGAUCUUCACAAGGCCGAUACAGGGUGUCUUGCGCUCGUCGAGGACGACCUUGUACGUCGCAUUGUAGAGAAGCAAAUUCAGUCACAAGGCGUGGUCGCGCAGGGAGCGUGCAAGUCACCUGCUAUUUCACCUCGAUCUGGCCUCGGCGACGUGACUAAUGGCAGCCACCCUAGUCCGCCAAAGAAGAGCACCCUGCUGGGAAAGACGGAUGUCACCACACUCGAGAACGAUGCUCUCGCGAGAAGAUGCGCAGAGGAGCGCAAGGCUGCUUUGGCGAAUGCCGUCGUUUGCGAGCCCAUUUCGCGGCGAAAGCUUCGCGAUGCUCGAGGUGGACGACCGCCAGCUCCACCCGUCCGCUCACCUGAGCUUCAAAACCAAGUACUUGCAGCUCCUCCAGAGCUAUUGAGUCAAACAGAAGAGGGCGUCGAGAGCGAGGCGCCAAAGGACAGUCCAUCUUGGAACGACUUUGACGGUGGCGAUCUCGGCCGUCCAACUUUCGACAUUACUCUGUGCAAGCCCGGUUCGCUUUUGUACGCGUUCAUCAAGUCUUCAAAGGCGCGCAGCUCAAACGAAGAAGAGUGA